AAAAAAUCGAUAGUUGGUCACACUUGACGUUACAUCAUGUGCAUUUUAAAAAAAAUUAUUAACUAAAUUUUGUCGAAUUGCCGCAUUAAAAGCUUGAUUAGCGCCAGGAACUGAAUUUGGACGGCCGCGCGGGGGAAAUGAACGGUUAUUGGAUAUUUAAGCACCGCCUUCCACGCAUUUGCAUGUAAAAACUCAGAAGCUCAGAAGCAACAACAAAAAACCGGAGAGGAAAAUAAAUAAAAAUAUAUAACAAAUACAAAUAUGAGCGAGAGUGGCAAUAAUCAGUUUUGUGACGUUGAUUUUUGAGCAAGACCCACAAAAGGCAAAUUACACAAGAAACUAAGAUAUUUGAGUUUUGAGUUUUUGGUGGAGGAAGAAACCGAAUCCCUAGGCUGCAUACCUUUUGUUUUGUAUCGCAAUUCUCUUCUUCCCCAAACCAACUGCAAAACCCACCAAAUCUUGAACCGGAUCCCGAAAUGGCGGCCUACUUGAACCGCACCAUCUCGCUGGUGACCGGGCAAACGGGCCCCACCGACGACGACGACCGUCACUCCUCGUCGACGGACACGGUGGACAAAUCCGGACCGGGAUCCCCGCUCUCGCGACUGAACUCAUCGCUGCAACCGUCGGGUUCGACGACGGCCGCCAAUCUGCUCCCGGAAUCGCGGCUCUAUCAAUCCAACGACAAAUCUCCACUCCAGAUCUUUGUGCGCGCCAAGAAGAAGAUCAACGACAUUUACGGGGAGAUCGAGGAGUACGUGCAUGAGACGACCACGUUCAUCAAUGCCUUGCAUGCGGAGGCGGAGAUCGUGGACAAGGCGGAGCGAGAGCUGUUCGAGAGCUAUGUGUACAAGGUGGCCGCGAUUCGCGAGGUCCUGCAGCGGGAUCACAUGAAGGUGGCCUUCUUUGGGCGCACCUCCAACGGCAAGAGCUCCGUGAUUAAUGCCAUGCUGCGCGAGAAGAUCCUGCCGAGCGGCAUUGGACACACCACCAAUUGCUUUUGCCAAGUGGAGGGCAGCAACGGCGGCGAGGCGUAUCUCAUGAAGGAGGGAUCCGACGAGAAACUCAAUGUGGUGAACAUCAAGCAACUGGCGAACGCCCUGUGCCAGGAGAAGCUCUGCGAGAGCAGCUUGGUGCGCAUCUUUUGGCCACGGGAACGCUGCAGCCUGCUACGCGAUGACGUUGUCUUUGUAGACUCACCCGGCGUGGAUGUGUCCGCCAACCUGGACGACUGGAUCGACAAUCAUUGCCUCAACGCCGAUGUCUUUGUACUGGUCCUCAAUGCAGAGUCCACGAUGACGCGUGCCGAGAAACAGUUCUUUCACACCGUCUCGCAGAAGCUGAGCAAGCCCAACAUCUUUAUCCUGAACAAUCGCUGGGACGCCUCGGCCAAUGAGCCCGAGUGCCAGGAGUCGGAACUGGCUAAGGUCAAGUCCCAGCACACGGAGCGCUGCAUCGAUUUCCUCACCAAGGAGCUGAAGGUGAGCAACGAGAAGGAGGCCGCCGAAAGGGUGUUCUUUGUUUCCGCCAGGGAAACGCUGCAGGCGCGCAUCGAGGAGGCCAAGGGCAAUCCGCCGCACAUGGGUGCGAUUGCCGAGGGAUUCCAGAUCCGCUACUUCGAGUUCCAGGACUUCGAGCGCAAGUUCGAGGAGUGCAUCUCGCAGAGUGCCGUGAAAACCAAGUUCCAGCAGCACAGUUCGCGGGGCAAGAGUGUUUCCGGGGACAUGAAAUCGAUGCUGGACAACAUUUACGAACGGAUCACCAUAUUCCGCAACCUGAAGCAGGACCAGAAGAACCUGCUCACCGAACGCAUCCAGGGCACGGAGACGCAGAUGAUGCAGGUCACCCGGGAGAUGAAGAUGAAGAUCCACAAUAUGGUGGAGGAGGUCGAGGAAAAGGUGUCGAAGGCUCUCAACGAGGAGAUCUGGCGUCUCGGCGUUCUCAUCGACGAGUUCAACAUGCCCUUCCAUCCGGAGCGUCUGGUUCUCAACAUCUACAAGAAGGAGCUGAAUGCCCACGUGGAGAGCGGCCUGGGCAGCAACCUGCGUGCCCGCCUCUCCAUGGCGCUGGCCAUGAACGUGGAGUCCGCCCAGACGGAGAUGACCGACCGCAUGCACGCCCUGGUGCCCAACGAACAGCUGCUGGCCACCAGCACCAAGAUGGUCGUGCGCACCCAGCCCUUCGAGAUGCUGUACUCGCUUAACUGCCAGAACCUCUGCGCCGACUUUCAGGAGGAUCUGGAGUUCAAGUUCAGCUGGGGCAUUGCGGCGAUGAUCCAGCGCUUCACCGGCAAGGUGCGCGAGCGCAGCAAGAAGGGCCAACCGGCGCUGGUCAACCGACAGAGCAGUAUUGGGCACAGCGUUUCGACGCCCGCCACUACGCCCGUGGAGGCGACUCCCGUCUGCCUGCUGCCCACGCCCGGAGUGGCUGGCAUCACGCCCGAACAGCUGUCGCUGAUCUCCCGCUUCGCGGUGUCCUCGAUUGGAUCCCAGGGCACUGUUGGCGGCCUCGUCGUCGCUGGCAUCAUGCUGAAAACGAUCGGAUGGCGCGUGUUGGUGGGCGUUGGCGCCCUUUACGGCUGCAUCUACCUGUACGAGCGCCUGUCGUGGACCAAUUCCGCCAAGGAGCGCACCUUCAAAUCGCAGUACGUUCGCCAUGCCACCAAGAAGCUCAAGAUGAUCGUCGACCUCACCUCGGCGAAUUGCAGCCACCAAGUUCAGCAGGAGCUUUCGAGCACCUUUGCCCGUUUGUGCCGCACCGUUGACACCGCCACCACGGACAUGAACGACGAGCUGAAGACGCUCGACUCGCAGCUCAACAUCCUGGAGGCGAACCAGAAGCAACUGAAGCUGCUCCGCAACAAAGCCAACUACAUACAGAACGAGCUGGACAUCUUCGAGCAUAACUAUAUAUCACCGCAGUAGGAGGGGGAAGAGUGGAGGACAGACGGGGCAUCCAAUGCGAUCAGAAGCUUUAAACUUGACUCACGAAUCCGCAAGGGUUGAUAACCAAUAAUCAGAAAAUGGGAAAACAUAGAAAUCAAGGAAAAGCAAACAACCAAACGACUACAAAAACAGUAAUUGACUACGUUGACAAACUCUCAGUUUUUUCCUAUUUUUAUGUAAACGCAUGAUUGGCACCUCUUUAUUCUGUUUCGUUAAAACAAAUUAUUGUUGUUGUUGACCAUUAUUUUAUUUCCUACCUAUUUUACACAAUGUGAGGAUUAUUUAAUUUUUUUUAACGAUCGUUGACCCCGAAUACAGACGUAUACACACUGUGAACAUGGCCGGGUGCCAUAGAAAGCAAGUUGAGGUGAAUUAUAUUACAAGCCCCACUAGAAAGCGAACGUCUCUUAUUUUCCCUCUAUUAGAGAGUCUUGUAGUUAUACAUAUUGUUUUUGAAUUGGAUUCUAGAAUAAUGAAAUGGCGCUGUGGGGUAAUGCAAAAACGAUAUAAAUAGUUGUUGUUAUUGCAAAACAGAGAGAUGAUUCAUGAACGAAACGAAAUAAAACAUAUUUAUGUAAGAAA